GCAUGUCGAAUUCGUCAUUCAUCGUUCGCUUUGGCCGACAUUGGAGAACAGUCAUUUACUAAAUCUACCGAUUUUUGCCAACGAGUUAUUAGUUUUAAUAAUUCAAAAUGCCUAACCAGGUGUUAACCAUAGAGCCUCAAAACGAGCUCAAAUUUAAAGUUGAUUCCUCAGGACUAUUCGAGCAGGGGUAUACCACAUACUUACGACUGAUAAACCCCAGCACGGAUACAGUGCUCUUCAAGAUAAAGACUACUGCACCAAAGAAGUAUUGCGUUCGUCCCAAUUCUGGAAUACUGGAACCUAACUCCAAAGUGGAUAUUGCCAUCACUCCACAACCUGUCUAUGUGGAUCCGAAUGAAAAACAUAAACAUAAGUUUAUGGUGCAAAGUGUCAUCGCGCCAGAGGGCAAGACUAACAUAGAUCAAGUAUGGAAGGAGAUCAGUCCAGAUCAGCUCAUGGACUACAAGUUGAAGUGCGUGUUUGAGACUCCACGUGGUACUAAUCUCAAUGAUGCCGGAGACAACGUGGCCCAGAACGAGGUCACAAAGAAGAGAGUAGCAGUGGCUGAAGAUACUAAAUCGUCGACAAAGGAUGCCGUAGAAGGUUUCAUCCAGAAUGAAGCAAAGCGGAAGGAUGAAGACCACACAACCGGAUCUUUAAACAAUAAAACGACUUUGCCCAAGUCCGAAAACGUGGAAAAUGAUCUGCAAAAAGCUGCUUCUGAGGUUAUUCUUUUGAGGGAGGAGGAAAGCAAAUUAAGACAAGAAAACUUGCAGUUAAAAGAACAGUUGCUGCGUCUACGCCAGUCGGCGGGUGACGGGCGCCUACCGCGCCGCCACUCGUACGGGCCCGAGAAGAGCGCGCAGGUCGCGCUCAUGCCGUGGGUCAUGACCGCGGUGGGCAUGGCGAUCCUCGGCAUCAUCAUCGGCAAGUUCCUCAUGUGAAUUGGUCUCCCGAGCCCCGCGGUGACCCGACAACACCUCACCGAUACCGCUGUUACACCACUCCCAAUGCAUCCUUCUCGCACAAGGCAGCUUCACCAGUUUAGUGGCCUCUCUCUGACCUCAAGCCGCACUCGCGCUUUCGGCACAUUACAACACUACCAUUGUAAUGUACAGCCCCCUUCCAAUGUUCUGCCUUUACCAUAUUUUUAAAUUAUGGUUUUAACAUGUUUUUUGUAAUUAUGUUUACCACAUUAACCAUUCCAUUGACAUUGUUACCCUCUAAACUAACCCGAUUUGGUGACCAGAUGUUUUAUUAUAGUUUAAACUAUUAGUAUUCACAAUAUUUGUAUAUUAAUUAUGUUUUUCUUCCAUUUAGUCGUCACGUAUGUCAAAAUUCGCAUGUAAAGGACACAUUUGUAAAUCAUUCAUCAUCAUGAGUUUGUAUAAAGUUUUGAUUAAAAUUCGUUCACAUUUGUAUGUAUGUCACAAUCAUUGAGAUAACUAAAUCUAUAGUACCCAAACAGAUUGUUGCGAACCACACAUCUUGUGCCCACGUAGCUCUUUGCUAUUUUUUAUUAAUUAUAUAUUAAGGAACCAAAGUUUGAAUUAGAUGACAUACAGCCCUUAUUGUUUUCAACUUAUAUAAGGCUAAUAAGUACUUAAUUUACGGGAACUCUGGAAACAUUUUGAGGCGAGGAGAACACAUCACUUUCUUACUGCACUAAAAAUUGGUUCAUUUCUGAAACUACAAAACAUUAUCUGAUCUAUUGAGACUAAAUAAACAGCUAAUAACACUAAAUUUUAAUCUCUUCUCAAUACUCUACUCAAUUUCAAGUUUAAUGUUGAAUAAUAUUUUUUUUUAUUUGUAUGCAACACAUUGUUCAUUAAAGCAGAUAUGACGAAUUAAUAUAUAUAUCCUGAAUGAUGUUUCAAGAUUCCUGUAGUUUUCCUAAUCUGGACUCUCUGUACGGUAAAACUUACAACUGGCAUGGUUUGUCUGUGUUAUAAUAAAUGGUCAAUACUGGCAGGAUACACAAUAUCUCUAACUCGCCUUGUGAGUAAAUAAAAUAUUCUUUCCCUUCCCUAAAUUACAUAUCAUAGCCUUAUAGUGAAAAACCACGUAAGCCGUUUUGUUUAAUCAGAUUCUGAUGUUGUUUUCGAUUUCUUUAAAUUAAUAUAUUCAAUGCAGGUACAAAUUUUUACCUGGAUUGAAACUAUCUUCUCUAUAACGAGUUUCGUUAUUAAAAAUCACAUCCGAAUAUUGUUUUCACUAUAAGGCGAUAUAUGAAUAUAUGACGAAAAUUACUGAAUGCGUUUCCAUUAUAUACUUCUAUCUUCUUCUUGUUAUUUUCAUCUUCUUUUAUCUUGGAAGUGUUAUCCUGCACUCAGUACUCACGGCAUACAUAUCCGGAACAUAACACCGGCCGAAGCGAAACUGCUUGAAGAGAAUAUAUAAAUUAUCAUAAAUGAGUGCGACAUUCAUACUUUUACUAUGUAGGUAUUGUAUUAAACUGAAUCGUUAGCAUUAAAUUGUAUACAUUUUCUGAUAAGCACAUCUGUCAUAUUGUAAUAGAGAACUAUUAGAUGUUUUUACAGUACUCGAUAAAUUGUAUAAAGUAUUGCAACUGUAGUUCGGUGGCUCUAUGAAACUGUAAAUCAAAUAGUUUUCUCACACUGAUAGUGUAUACCUUUCCUAUCGGUUUUUUAUCGGAAUUAAUAUUACAGAUUAAAUGUGUAUUUUUGAAGUGGCAAAUGGCGGAUUUUGAGAGAAACAAUAGUAUCUAUUCUUUGCUGGAAUUACUUGUGUAAUAUUUUAAAAUUAAGCUUUCUGGUAGUUAAUAAAGGAAGUGAUUUCAACACGCCUUUUACGGAAAUUAAUGUAUCAGCUCUUAUAGCCGUUACAUGUGCCGCUAUGAAGAUAAUAGUUACAAUAGGAAUAUAGUAUAAAUAUAAAAUAAUGUAUAUGUACUUGGAAGCUUAACAAAGCAAUUUAAUAAUUAGUAUUUUUUAAAAUUUACUGUGCCUACAUGUUUAUAAUAAACCGAUGUUAUCUUAAUUUAUUACAACGAAUUUAAGUUUUUUCUGAUAUUGGUUUCCACGCCAACGUCACCACAUAGAUGGUUUAGCAAGAAGGUGAUAAUUUUGUUGGUAAAGUAAAACGCGUAUAAGUGUUAGUAUUAAACAGCAUGUGCACAGCGGGAGUGAAAACAGCUCGUGAGGAUGUUCGCUUUUCCUAAAUCUUGGGUUAGAUGCUACCGGAGUGGCUGUAGCCGAGCCAGGGGCGCACCUGAUCGUUAUUUACUGACUUGUACACACCCAGCGUCACGGCUCGGCUAGCGUCGAACUAAUGUUACGGUGCGAAGUGCGAAUUAUACAAAACGUAAUUGUAAUUCGAACGUGGAUGUACGUUUUAUACGCCACCACUUUAUUGUCAUACUAGACGUCAACAUGUCAUGAUUCAUAGCACUUAAUAUUGUAGUUUUGUGUCAGUAUAUUUAGAAGAACUUCACUCUUGUUUAUUGCAUUUUUAAAUUUUAAUUUUGCUGUGUUACUCGUGUCUAUAAUAUGGUGAAUUGGUAUUAUUAAUGCCGUAUAAGAUAAGACGAAAAAGGCAUGCUCUUCAGCGACUGUCGAUCAUAAUGUUUCAUUAAAUAGUAGGUACUUUAUUACUCCGCUGUUAAUACGGGUACAUAAAUUAUAAAAAAGUACUUUGUGUAAAAAAAAAAACAAAUUUACAUUGAUGUUUAUACUACAAACAUAAUAUAUUUCUCCAUGAGGCGUCGAUAGACCCACGCCGGUAUUUAGAUAAACUAAGUGAUUGAUUGUCGUUUGUUGAUUGAUCAUGCAACUACCCAAAAUGUAAAGGUUGUAUUAUGCUGCGUCGCGGUAGUUUGUGAAGUCCGUUUAAUGUUCGGUCAAAAAUGAAAAUUGUAGUGCAGAACGUCCAAAGAGCACUCUCUCCCAAUUGGUAGCAAGAACAAUAAUAUACCGGGAAAAGAGACCCACACCUUUCUUAUUAAAAAGAGCAUUUUUCCCGUGCGAUGGAGCAGACGUGAUAUUUAAAAAAAAUUUGAAAUCUAAAUGACACGAUUUCGUAUUAGAUGACCCGUUUCUCCUGUACCUGACCUGACUAUACACUAUCGAUCGCGAUAUCGCUCAUACUGCUAGUUAAUGUUUGUGUAAUAGUGUAGUCAAUGAAGGGUUUCACUUCUAACUUGCCAGGGACAGGUCCGAUUUUGAUUAUUUUUUCUUUUGUAAGCGUACUUUUUUAUAUCAUUUAAAAUCAGAAACAUCUUGACUGGCGCAAAUAAAUAUAAAAUAGAAUAGAAAAAGUUUAUUAUAUAUAUCGAUCAAAUAAAAAAAUUAGUGAUUUUUUUAUUCUAACAAAAAAUGGAUUUGUACUUUUUUGAUUCCGAUUAGUGCCCCUAAACCGUUUUCAUGUCUGUCCGUUUGUCUGUCAGAGGGUCCCAUAGUUCAAUCUUUAAAAGGCUGUAUCUUUUGAAUCAUAUUCGAUACCUAGUUGAAAUUUGUACAUAAUGUGCAUUAUUAUAGCGGAUAUUAUAUCAAGUAAUAAAAAAAAAACAAAGUUAAAAAAUGAAGGAGACCCUCUGACAGACAAACUAACCUGUUUAGUGGCACUAAUCGGGAGCCGUCUAUGUACAGAAUCACAGAAGUACUAUAAAUCCGGUUUUAAAUUAUAUAAAAAACUACGCUUAUAAAAGAAAAAAUAAUCAAAAAAAUUUAAGUUAGGAAGGUCGGGCUUUGUUGAUUCCACUAUGUCUAAUUGACAAUUCGGUCUGUGGCUGUGUGCAAACAUAGUUAAAAAAAUAAUUUUAAAAUUACUGUAUUCCAUUGUUGCUUUUAAUCAUGUCGUAUUUUUAUUUUGGGAGUUGUAUGUAAUGGGAUAGGGUCAUUUGUGCAUGAUUCGUAGUACUUUUUUAUUUUAUUAACAAUAGAAAAACAUUUUAAAAUUUCCGUAUGGUAUUGUUGUUAUAUUUAACUAUUACGCUAUAUUGUAUCGUUUUCUGAAUAAAAGACUUAAUUUAUGAAA